GCAAACGUUGCUGAGCGGCAAUAAGUUUUCGUUGCUAAAGCUAAACAUCGUGUUCGUAUGGCACAGCAGUAUGCGAAGAUCUCUGGGUGCAGCUGCGGCUGCACUCACAUGCUUCAUCUCGACAUAAACCGCCGCAAUCGACCCAGCGGUACACUCAUGGUCACUGUCUUGUCCGCCCAAAAAACUGAAUUGACGCAACGCGGAAAAUUAAUAUUUUGAUGAAAAGCAGGACUUUGAUCCAACUAACUUCGUGUCAGAAAUCUAUCAAGUCGCAUUUCAAAGAUGAUAAAAGCUCCUACUUGUACUUCACUUUCUUGUGUCCCCGAGUAGGUGUAGGAUUUGGAUCAUUUCCGCCUACUUUUUUCGCAUUUUUACUUUUUUUGGCAGGAGGUCUGUUUUUUUGAAAAUGGCCUGCAAAUUUAUGUGACCACUAGUGCUCUGAUUUUGUUUAGAGGCUUUUCUACCUGGUCUCUUGUAGUCUUCUCGUCGGCCCGAACGAAACAGAAGUUCUUUUGCCCCUCCUGAUCAUUCUUCCCCCUUUUUUUUUUCAUUUUCCUUUUCCACCGCCCCCACUGUAUAUAUCAAUAUUUUGGACUACAUCGAAAACAAAAUGUCGGACUCUAAGCCCCAUGUGCUGGUCGAGGCAUCAGAUUUUCUCGUCAUUGCCAAGCCGGCCUUCUGGACCUGUGAGCUGAUCUCUCCUUCAACAGAGCAGCAGCAGCAGCAGCAGCAAGUCCCAAACACGGUGGGCACGACCACCGCUGCUGGUAAUGCCACGACAGCAUUUAGCAGAGGAGCGGCACAAGCACAACCCGCCUCUUCCUCCACGUCCACGCGCAAGAAUAUUAGCAGUACAACAACGACCACAAAUCAAGCAAAUGCCUAUGCCUCUACUUCGACCAACAUCAACAAGUCCGUCGCGAACUGGCUCCAAGUAUCCUGUGCAAAAGUAUCGUACUCGUAGUAUAAUUGCAGUUAUGCAUUACAAAUCUCUUUCUCAAGGUAAAUCAGCAUCAGAAAUUCAAUUUGUAAUGCUCCUGGACUGAUUUGUAAUGCAAUUUAUAGUACUACGGUGCUUUUGCAUUUCAUAUCAAGCCAACCGCGCGAAUUUUUCUAUCGAUCAGAACUUGUUCGCAAUCAGCGCGUAUCAAGUGUAAAAAUGUCUGGGUCUGGAACAAAGCAACUUGUCAUGCUAAAUCUGACUCAUGUAAAAAUCUGUGUUGCAUGAUUACCAAAAGCCGUCCACUUUUGACCUGAUGAAUCGAGGGGCAGUUUCUCAUGCAGGAUAGGCAUGAUAGAACUCUCACAGAAUCUGUCACGCUAUGUCCUACAUACCACACCUCAUGGGUCAUGGAAAACCUGCAUGACAAACCUUGCACUCUUCCAGACCCAGACACUUUUGCAGUUGAUAGCGCGAACCAGGCUAUCAGCGGGGACACGGGGUUCGGGCCCCUCUGUCACCGCCUCGACCGGGAGACUUCGGGGCCCAUGCUGGUCGGGAAAACGAAAAAAGCCCGAGAAAAAAUCCGGGACCUGUUCCACAAGCAAAAGGUCGCGAAGCACUACCUGUGCCUGGUGCACGGGAAGGUGACGGAUUUGCGCGGGUCGCUGCAGUUUCCCAUCCGCACCGUCCGCUCGAACGCCAGCACCUGGUCCGAAGUAGCCAGCACGAAGGACGCCGAGCCCGCGUAUUGAGAGGCAAAAUCCCCCCUGCCCAUAUCGAAAAGGCAUGCUUCCGAAAAUUUGUCUUGUUGAUUUGAGACCACAAAUCACGUCUGUCUUGCAAGAAGACAAACGCAGAGGCUUCCGCGCCAUUAUGGAAGCGAUUUGGCAUGCUGUUGGGCCUAAAGGGCAGCCGUUUGCAAUGCUAAGCAACUAGACCCGCAACGCCCUUCCCUAGGCUGCGGAUCUGGCUGCGAUGCCGUAUUGCAAGACAGCGCGCAUUUGUGUACGCAAAUCCUGCGUCACAGAUUUCCCAUUUGAUAUGGGGCGGGGGCUUUUUUCAUUUUGAUACCGCGCGCACGGAUUUCGUACUCGUCGGCUGGUUUCGAGAGAAACUAAGUGGUGAAGUAGGGAAGGAAGAAGAUGCUGAAAUAACGGGUCGUGCGCCUGGUGUUAAAAAUAAGCCGGGAUCUACUACAUCAACUCCGGAGCAGGACGAGGAGGUUAGUUUUCAUCACGCUUCGGCAACAUCGUCAUCUACACCUGCUUCUCGUCGAUAUUUCUCUCUUCUCGCAUGCAGCAUUCACAUACGACAGUGCACAACUCCCCCUCCCCCUCAUUUGUAUAGCAUGAACGGCAGCAGCACAAGCAUCAGCAAGAGUGCCGGUUUUGCAUGAUAAAUUUGUAGUGGAGUGUAGUGCGAUUUGGGCUACCCGAACUUGUCAUGCAAGCAGUGCCAAGAGGCAAUGGGUGAAUUGGGUAUUUUGCAUGACAAAUGAGGGGGAGGGGGAGUUGUGCAUUGUCAUAUCACAGCGGGCGCACGCACCAGAUUCGGGUGCACCUGCAGCAUACCAAAUGGAAACAUGUCUGGGUCUGGAAGGUUGUGACUUGUGAUGCUGUCUUCGGAUUCGAAAAAAAUCUGUAAUUCAUGACCAGCAAGAGGAGUCCAGUUUUUGCCACGGCGAGAGGGCAUUUCUCAUGCGGAACAGGCAUCAGGAAGCCCUCUCAAAAUCUGUGAUGCUAGACCACGCAUUACUGACCUCAUGGGUCAUGGAAAACUACCUGCAUGACAAAUCUUCCAUUCUUCCAGACCCAGACACUUUUGCAUUUGAUACAGCACAUUGGGCAUCCACUGGUGUGCGACGACAAAUACCGAUGGAAGAAGAUAACAUCAGAGGACGGCCCAAGUUCGUGGAAAAAUAAAGGUUCUUCUAGUAGUAAUUCAUCUGCAGCUCCUUCUACAACGACCGCUUGGCCCGCCGCAGCUGGAACUAGAUUAACUCGUGAUCCUCCUCCUGCCGCAGCAAAGAACGAGGGAGUAUCUCUAAAAGGUGGGGGUCGUGGUGAUGAAAGCUACUAUCUCAGUCGCCAUUUUUGUCCGAGGUUGUUUCUCCAUUCCUACCUCCUUGGCUUAUGAGUGUGCGCAACUCGUCCCGUUGAUGUUCCAUCCCCCGCAUAAUUUGAAGAGCAUGAGCAGCAGCACAAAACAAGCAACAGCAGACGAGGCCAACGCCAAGGGGCGUUUCCGCAUGACAAAUCAAAGCCAAGGGGCUUUUCCGCAUUACAAAUCUCUACGCAGAUUGUAGUUGACUGUUUGAGUAGAUUCCAAAAUUAUUUGUCAUGCAAACAGUGCUUAAAGGCAAGAUGUCGAUGUUGAUUCCGAUUAUCGGUAUAAUUUUGGAUAUACAAAUGAGGGGAGGACCACUAGAAGUAGGAUUUGUGCACCCUCAUAACGGUUUGAGCUGGAUCAGAAACGUUUCGAAGUGGUUGCCCCGCUGCCAGCGCAGCUAAAGAAGUUCCUGGUGGACAAGCUGGAACUUGUGCAGGAUUUCACGGCUCGGUCCUCCGAGAUGCUCAACGAAACGGGGAUGUUGCCCGAGGAACAACGAGCCGCGUCUGCAAAGCGCGAGCGUGGUCACCAGAAGGAACAGACUACCCCCGUGCUAUUUCAGGGUGGGAGCAUCGUGUUCUUUCUCCAACAAGGCCGAGACGCGGGACGACCGCAACUACAGCAAGGUGAUAUCGCCGUAACGACUCCACCACCACGACCAGCGCGGCCGGUUUUUUGGCAAGAAGAAUUGCUCGAGGAGGCUCAGCCGUUCUACUACCUGCAGCGAAAGGUGGUGGAGCUGCUGCUAGAAGAGAGACAGAAGAGGAGCAGAAGUGGGAUGAACAGAGCUUCUAAGCCUACGGAGUUGAAGAUAAUGGAACAAGAAGAUGUUGGAAUUUCAUCAAUAGCCAAAACAUCGGCGGGUGGCACCGCUCCUUCUAUUGCUGAAAAUGUUAAAGUCUCCACUUCAAGAUUAGCAAAGCGAAAAGAACACGACGGCGCCCUCCUUCUGUCGGAAAUCAAUGCGAGACUGCGAUCCGAAAUCUCGAUUUUUUUCCAUCAUACCAGGUCCGCGCUCCCCGAAGAGUUUUUCACUGGGAAAGCUGUAAACGCGAAAACUAGUACAGAUGAGUCUGAGGAUCUUUAUCUUCAUGCACCGUUUCUCCUUUCGAAAAAAAUUUCGAAUGCGCUGACAAGUUUCUGGCGCGGAGCCGGGGUGGAGUACGAAUUCGUCUCGCUAUCACCAUCUACUCCUGGAGCUGUAGUCCAGGAUCCCCUCGCAGACGAGGCAAGUAUAAAAAGUAGACGGGCACAAAUUAUAGAACCACCUGGCGAGGACGCGAAGAAGGAAGCUGAACAAGCGAACAAGAACCCUAGAACUACUACAAGUCCUCCGGUUGCAUCGACGUCACCCAAGGACGAGGAGGAAGACGACCACGACGUCCACGACCUGUUGGUCUUUCUGAACACUAAAAGUAAGGAAGUCCACGCCAGCGAACUUGAGGGGAUCCAAGAGCGCAAGAGGGUCGCGAUUCAAAAUGAGGACUACGUCCUUGCCGCCUCGCUGAAAGCCAUGGAGACACAGCUGCUGGAAAAGACAAAGAGUGUGUUGACAGGUGGAAAUAAUAUGAAAAACGCAGCUGGUGCUACUUCAGCGUCGAAGAUCCACAACACCGUUGCAGCGAAUACGCGCGAAGUAGAAGGUGCUUUCUCUGAUACUAUGCGCGAGGAUAUUUUCUUCAAAAGCGGCGAACUUUUCGAAGGUGGCGCAUCUAGUACUGCUUCCAUCGGGCCGUCGAAAAUGGAUCAUCCCGGCCGUGGAUCACCAUUCGAAGUCCGUACGGUGGUCGGCGACAUCCACAAGAGACCCAUGCGAGCGUCCAUGCCUGACCGAGAUGACUUCGAAGCGUUUCCCGCAUUGGGUGGGGCCAGUGUUGUAAAAACGCCAGCAACUUCCAUUGCGGGCGCGAAGAAGAAAGGAACCACUUCCGCCAACAGCCAAGGUGGGCGCGAAGUCGUGGUUGCCUUGAACAAAACGUCGCCCGGCUGGGAUCUCAGCGCGGUGCCGAGGGUCGCUGCGGCUGACCUUGCGCCUAUCGAGAUACAACAUGCCGCGAAAGACAAAGAAAAAGAACUGAACGCCACGAAAAAUAAGGUUGGGAGUCCAGCUUUAUUCAACCCUUCGAACAGAAUACCAAAUGUAGAAGGCCACGACCCAGCCUUCGUAGAAAGAACGGAACUGGUUGUUCAACGCGAAAAUGAUGGUGAAAUUACAACGAUCGGAGGCACCAGCGUGCAAGGUGGUAAAGACCUUCCGGGGGCUGCACCAGCAAGUGUUAGUACACGAGCGAGCCAGCACGCAGCUGAAAGAACCCAGAAGGGCGAAGAAAUGGCUGAGACCAAGACCCUUCUUUCCGGGACGAGGACUGGCGAGCGAGACAUGAAAAACCCCGUCUCCACCGCCCCCCACAACCAAGGCGGUGAAGAAGAGAUGAAAAGGCCCCGUGCAGCAGAUCUCGUCAUUCUGCAGAGCGCGAGAGAGAACGGUUAUGGAACGAAGCCAAUCUUGGCCUACAAGCCCGCGGACAGUGCCGGAAUUGCUCAACUCCCACGGUCGAGAGACGGGAAAAAGACGAACAAUAACACAAAUGGGACAACUACAACGAAAACUGCAGCUAUAUCUGCCUCAACUGGUGGAACUGCAAGUAAAAACGGCUUGAUGUCAACAUCGAAGCAGACAACCUCCCAGAACCUGAACUGGCCCCUUUUGUUCCAGAACCGGAUGGAUCAGGCGCGCAAGCGAACGGUGACAGUCGCGGAACUCGCGGACCUCGUGCCGGAAUUUGCGGAAAAGAUGCAACAUCCAAAAAAGCUCGAAUUGGAAGCGCUGCUGCUCACGUUUUAUCCACUUCUGCAAAAGUACUUGUAUGUCGUCCUAAUGAAUGUACUAGAACUGGUACCACUUGCAGUACUGCAUGACAAAAAAUCUAAAGGUUACUUGCCUGAAAAGUCAGCGCUAUUUGCUUUAUUCGAAAACAUUUGUAUAUGCAAUUCCAAUUUUUGGCACUACGUCGAAGAUACUUUUGCAAUUUAUACGUUUCUAAAGGCACAGUCGGAUCGCUUUUCGAUUAGCGAAGUGAAAACCGGUGGCCGGGGCGCAGUUUUAUCAGGGUAAGAGACAUGUAUACUUUUCCUGAGCAAUGGGUUUGUAUGGUGCUGGCGCCGGUGUGAACAAUGCAUUACGUAUCGUGUUUGUGAAUAGAAGGCAUGGGGGAUGUUACGAUAACAUAAGCAAAUCUCAAAGACUCUGUUCAUGCAAUACUCCUAUGAAAGUGGAAGUGCAAGUGGUAAGCACACGCCAUCUGCACGCUAGUAGCGAAAAUGAAUUUAAGGAGUUACUCCAUGCAAUAACCCGUACACGAAAAGCACAACGACCCCAAGUUCUUAAUCAUGUACUAGUUCCGAAAAAAAGCCACAGGAAAAAGUUUUUUCUUGCAUAUUGCGCCGGCGCGAGUGGUACGACCACAGAGAAGACUUUCUUGGUCACACGAAAGUGAAAAUCAAAACGCGUGAAAGCCGCGAACCAGAAAAAUCGCAACAGUAACGGAGGUGGAGGAAAGACCAUGACGCAGAAUCCGAUGUAAAUGAAAAUGAUCCAUGCGGGAGUGAUGUUCCGCUGGUACUUACUC